GUGCAAAUACGACUGUAAUGGAUUUAGACUUUGAACCACAGUUGCAGACCGGGAGCCAUGGCCUCUAUGAUGUCAUGGUAGACCACGUCACCCCCCUCGUACGGUGGAGGCGAGUACUAGAGUAAGUAGUUUGACAGUAAACAGGUGCAGCUCAGGUGCCCACGUCAUACAAUCCAGAUCUUGCCACUGAGAGAGUGACCUGAUGAGAUCGGCCACCGUCAUACCCUUCUCUGCAUCCUUCUCAGUCUCGGCUACGAUACCUUUCUUCAAAUUUCCAAGUCUUUGCUUGACCCUACGGUAGCUUGGGCUUCGGCGCUGAAUCCAUACUCUCCACAACAUUUGCUUCUUCAUUUCGGAAAUACAAUCCCAACUUAAAACUCUGCCUUUGAUCAGAGCAAGACCAAAGCUAGCUAAACGAUGAUCAGCUACAUGAGCAACAAGUUUGGACUCUUGCUGGUCGCUGUGGCCGCCACGGUUGGCUCUGUUGCUGCCGGUGGGGGGCUCUUUACAUACUAUGAAACCCCGCUGUUUUCUCGGCAAGGAAACAAAGCCAUGGUCAUGGCUCAACAUGCGGCUGUUGGUGUGGGUCCCUCGCAAUGGCCCAACUUGAUAUUCCCUCUGGAAGUUGUCCCCACGGGCAAUCAGUGUGGUGGCAUUGGCCAGUCCACAGGCUUUGGACAGUCCCCAGUGGUGGUUCCUGUCAAGACCAGGGACAGUUGUGAUGCAGAUCUGACUGGAUACCACUUUGAAGGAGGCACUUGCACUUGGGCGGACUUGGAGUUCAAGGUUGUUGUCAACGGAGUUAUGGUGGGAGUCAAGCACCAUGCUCACUGCAGUCUUGGGCGAAUGAAGACACCCUCCAACAAGGACACUUGGUACAAGGCUGUUCAGUUGCAUAUCCACACCUCCUCCGAACACACUGUCGACGGCAAGUACCAUCCAGCAGAGCUUCAUGUCUUGCACAAGGAAGACAAGCAUGACGAGCAACACCACAAUGAGGACAGUCACCACAGAAGGACAGCUGAAGAUCCACAUGCAGUCCACCAGGAAAGCGCCGAUGAAACCUUUGCCAUGUUUGCCAUGUUUAUUGAUCACAACGACCAAAACUCAACUCAAGACAACCCAGUCUUUGAGCACUUUCUCAAGGGGUGGGAUGCUGCUUCGCGGCAGGCACACGAGUUCUGCGCCGUUCACCCCGACGGCAGUGGAAACUGGACCAGCAACUCUGUCCUGGAAUCCAGACAAAUGAAGCAACUGUGCCCUGCCGUUGCCGUUGGCAUCAUGCCUGACCAAGUUGUCUUUGAUGACUACACUGGGUUGCCCAAGAACCAGCUGGCGGAUUCGCUCGGUGAUGAAAUCAUGCAAGAUCAGAUCCCAAACAUCUAUACGGCCUUGGGUGCGUCUGAUGCUGGCAUGUACAGCUACAGGGGAGGCCUCACAACGCCUCCCUGUACUGAGAGUGUUCACUGGACCUUGGUGGAUACACCCAUGAAGGCCUCCAAGGCACAGAUUGAUCGUCUCUACGAACUCAUCCUUUGUUUCGUUGAGAUCUCAACCUGUAAGCAUGCCACGAUUGCCAAUGAAGCUGGAUACACCAAUCGCCCAGUCCAGGCGCUGCAGGGCCGCGUUGUCACCCACCGUUGCCCCGGCGGUCCCUUGUCAACGACCGUCUUGGAAGAUCCAUUGCCUCCUCAGUACGAAUACGUCGAAACCCAGACGCGUCGUUGUGUCCUUGGAGGGGAUGGAGGCCCACUUGGAAUGUGUUGGGUCGCCCACUACCACAAUCACUUUGCAAUGCUCUUUCCUUGGUUUGUCAUGGCCAUGGGUUUGGUGGUAUUCUACCUGCUCACAAGAUAUUGCCACUGGUUCCCAUACACAGCAACCAUGUUCUUGUUGGGUAUCUUUAUGGGUGUUGCCAUUGUACGCUUGGAACUUACCGACCAACUCUCAUCCAGUAUUCGCAUGUGGGAAAACAUUGAUGCACACACUCUUUUGCUUGCAUUCUUGCCCGGACUGCUCUUCCGCGACGCCUACUGUUCCAAUGUCUUCUUGUUUAUGAAGGCUCUUCCGCAGUCCUUGUUGCUGGCAUUUCCCGCUGUGCUGGCGGGAACUUGCAUGACAGCUCUUGUGGGGUACUACAUCCUGCCAUAUGGAUGGAGCUGGCCAUUCUGUAUGACGUUUGGAGCCAUUCUGUCGGCUACUGACCCUGUUGCCGUCAGUGCACUUCUUGGAGAAGUUGGUGCUCCACCUAGGCUUCGAACACACAUCUCUGGAGAGUCCAUGAUCAACGAUGGCAGUGCUAUUGUUUUCUUCACCAUAUUUUCGCAGAUCUUCCUUUAUGAGUUGGACAUUCCCGGAGUUGGCACGGACAUUGACAUUGCCACAGGAUUUGCUCUGUUCUUCCGCAUGUCUCUUGGUGCAGUCGCCGUUGGGGUUGCGUUCAGCUUGGCACUGUUGUUUCUUGUCUACCUGCUCAACAAAAGAUUCAACUACGAAGAAAGUAUUGUGCAAGUCACUGCCACUGUGACCACUGCAUACCUGAGUUACUAUGUCGCCGAGGCUGUCUUUGGGAUGAGCGGAGUUAUCUCGGUUGUCACCUGCGGAAUUAUGACAAAAUUCGUGGCCAGCAGUAUCUUCAACGACCCUGACAUGAUGGAAAAGUUCUGGGUCAUGCUUGAACACAUUCUCAACUCUCUGCUGUUUGUACUUGGAGGAGUGGUGUGGGGCACCGUCAUUUCCAAUGCUGAUCCCGAUCGCCUUGAUUUCACAUUCACGGCUGAAGAUUGGGGAUACUUGGGCAUUGUCUACUUGCUCGCAAUGCUUAUUCGUGGUAUCUUGAUCUUUGGCUUCUACCCCAUUUUCAGUCGAAUUGGACUCAAAUCUGACAUCAAAGAAGCUACAUUUAUGGUCUGGGGCGGCCUCAGGGGUGCCGUUGGUAUUGCCCUAGCCAUUGCUCUGGACAAGGAAAUGAUGCAUGACACAUUCCCUACUGACCCCCGUCGUAAAUACACAAGCCAGCUUUUUGGCUUGACUGGAGGGAUCGCCUUCUUGACUUUGGUGAUCAAUGGGACUCUUGCUGGUCCUAUUCUCAGGAAGCUUGGCCUUGCAGAUGUCGGAGAAGCUCGCCAGAAGGUUGUACAAAGAUAUAGGGCAGUCAUCAAGCUCAGAAUGCUUUCGGAUCUAAUUGAGCAUCUCGGCCAUUCGCGCUUUUCAGGAGUGGAGUUUGCAGUCAUCAAAAAGCACAUUUCUUUCUUUGAUGACUUGACGGCAGAUCAGAUUCGGUAUUCCGUCAAACACAACAAGGAGUUUACAUCCCUGUUGCACUACAAGGAACCCAACUUGGCUUCGAUGAAGCCCUUCAUGACCGAAGAAGAAUUCGAGGAUAUCACUGCUAUAUCGAAAAUCAACAUGGGGGCAAGGCUUCGGGCUGUUGUCAGUAUGGCAAGCAUUGCAAGUAUGUCGAGUAGAGCGAGUAUGAACUUAGAGGACAGCCAGAGGAGGACUCUGAAGCACAGUCCUAAGCUUGACUACUCUGUUCGUACCAUGCGUAAAGAAAUCCACAACGACGACGUAGAGAAGGAGGACGCCAUUGAGCUGCGCAAAGUCUUCAUCGAGCUGCUUACGAGCGCUUACGAGGACCAAUUCAAUUCUGGAGAGAUCGAUGUCCGUGAUUCGAUUCUGGUGUUCUCUCUGAAGGCAAGUCUAGAAGUAACCGCAGAUUUGGUGACGCAGGGUCACCCCCUGAACGACUGGCAUGCCGUAACCAAGGCCUCCAAGAUUGUGGAUUUCAAUAAGUCAUACUGUGGUUCUGGCAAACGGGGCGACGUCGAAGGAGGUGACAAGAAUGGCCACGGGACAAACAAAAGACAAGCCAAACGACAAGCCAAGAAGACCAGAGCACUGGUGAAGCGUGUUGUCGCAUUCAUUGAAGCCCACCAACGAGCGCAGCAAGCUUUCAAGGACGGCUACUGCAACGGGCAGAUGAUGUCGGAGACUGAAGUCCUCAUCAUCGAAGAGAGCGAAGAGCAAGUCACGAUAGCUCAGGAAGCUCUUCUGGGCUGUGGUCAAGGAGACAUGAACGUUCACGUUGCCCAUGUCUUGUGUUCGAUCUUGUUGUCGAAGGCAGCUGAUCUUGUUGGUUCCAUCACACAAAAGGGUUUGCUCAGGGAGCAAGAAGCAGAAGAGUAUUUGCACGCGAUUGAGCACGAUCUCACCCGUGUUGAGAAGUGCUACGGCGACCGUUGCGACCAUGGACAUCACGGUCACGGCCACGGCCACGGCCACGGCAACUCACUUGGCCACGGCUCGGGGCACACCUCUGUGGUUGCUGGAAAGUCGGAUAGCCUCGAAAAAACCGGUGAAGCCAGCAGUGAUUCCUCCGAUCACUCGCCGCCUGCAACUAAAAGUCCACCGGUUCAAAAGAAUGCUUCCUUCUUUCCCCUGCCUGAGGACGACGACGACGACGAUUUUGGUUUGAACCUGUCAGAUUCGGAGGAACAGGAGGAAAUAGUUUUUACUCCAGCGCAGCCCACCAAGUUGGCAUUCCCAAAGGAGGACGACACACUCGAGGAUGGAGACGUCUGGGCAUAGUUCGAACUGGUUGAACCUGUUUUACAAUGCUACAGCCUCAUGAAUAGCUUUCCUCACUGUGAAGAAGCGAUUUUGAACGGCUAUAGCUAGCGGCUACUAGCUAGCUAUAGAGCUACCACCGUAAUUUUUAGAAAAAAUUAUUUGU